AUGGCUGAAGCCGGGCCAGCGGGCCGUGAGGUAAUCUACUGCGGAGUCUGCACGCUCCCCCCCGAGUACUGCGAGUACGGGGGAACCGUCAAGAAAUGCCAGGAAUGGCUCGAAAAGACACAUCCGGCCCUGUACCAAAGGCUAUGGUCCCCUGCAGAAGCCAUCGAGGCAGCAACAGCCUCCCUGUCCUUGGCCGCGCAGGAGCGCGCCGCCAAGGACGCGGCCAAGAAGGCGGCCAAGGCCGAGGCCGCCGAGCAGAAGCAGGCCGAGAAGCGGGCCAAGAGCGUCGUGACCAUCAAGCGCAUCGAGCGCAACAAGCGCAAGUUCGUGACGGCCAUCACCGGCCUGGAGGCCUUCGGCCUCGAUCUGAAGAAGGUUGCCAAGGACUUCGGCAAGAAAUUCGCGACCGGGUCGUCGGUGACCAAGACGCCGAGCGGCGGGGAGGAGAUCGUGGUCCAGGGCGACGUGAGCGGCGAGAUCGAGGAGUUCCUGCUGGAGAAGUACAAGGAGAUCCCAGAGGACCACAUCGAGCUAGUCGAGGACAAGAAGAAGAAGGCUGCUGCGGGUUAG